AUGGAUCUUGAGGAAAUCGGCAACAAGCUGUCGAACUUGACAUUCUAUGACAUCAAGAAGAUGUACACGCAGGCGAAGAAUUAUGCCCUCAACAUCAGCGAAAUUGAGGCCAAGGUGCGCGAGGCUACGAACGAUGAUCCAUGGGGUGCCAGCUCGACGCUGAUGCAAGAGAUCGCUCAGGCCACCUUUAAUUACCAUGACUUUAACGAAAUUAUGCCAACGAUUUUUCGGCGCUUUGUCGAAAAGGAGGCGCACGACUGGCGUCAAAUCUACAAAGCUCUCCAGCUGCUAGAGUACAUUGUCAAGAACGGCUCGGAGCGUGUGGUCGAUGAGGCGCGUGCGCACCUAUCCACGAUCAAAAUCCUGCGCAACUUCCACUACAUUGACGAGCAGGGCAAGGAUCAAGGCGUCAAUAUUCGCGCGCGUGCGAAAGAGCUCGCUGCUCUUCUUUCCGAUUUUGACACGAUCCGUGCGGAGCGCCGCAAGGCUCGUGCGAACCGCGCCAAGUACCAGGGUGUCGGCAGCAGCGACUUUGUGCCGGGCAGUGGCAGCGGUCGUUAUGGUGGCUUUAGCAGCGAUGCGUACUAUGCUAGUGGCGGUGCCUCUGGCGUGUAUGGCACGGGUGCGGCGGGCAGCAGCAGCGCUGAACCCGACUUUGAAGAGUAUCAUGCGGGCGAUGACGAAGACACGGCCCCUGCGCCCCAGACGUCGGGCCCGCCUGUCGCUGACCUCUUCAGCUUCGACGACGAGCCUCCAGCGGUAUCCAAACCCGCCGCGUCCAAGCCGGCGACUGCGGACGAUGAUUUCGAUGAUUUUCAGACGGCAGCGCCACCCAAGCCGCCGACACCCGUCAAGAGCGCCACGGCACCAGCGCCGCGUGGUGGCGACCUCUUUGACUUGUUGGAUGAUGUGCCAUCGAAGCCAGUAGCGAAGCCAGCUCAGCAACCGGCAGCCACGCCAGCCCGCAAGUCCACACACCAUCCGCCGCCUGUCAAGCCUUCGGCCGCCCCUGCGGCUUCCGCUUCUUCCGCUUCGCUCUUUGACGACUUGUGGACCGAGUCGCGCGGCAAGUCGUCGACGACGACGCAACAAGGCCCCAAGAGCAUGGCUCAGCUUGCGCAGGACCAGUCGAGCAGCUCUGUGUGGGGUGAGUCCAGGACGCGCAGCACGCCACCAACCACAUCCAAGGACUUGUUCGACUUGCUGUAG